CUCCUAUCUUCACACCCGCUUCCUCCGCUUUCUUCUGCUCCUCAACCUGCCUCGUUCUUAACAACAAUGACUAUCUUCCUCCGUCUCUUCCUUCUCCUCAGCGCGCUCGUCGUGCUCGUCAUGGCUGCCACCGUCAAUCCCAUGUCGUCGCCUGUUAGUGGCGACGUGUUGACUGCUGGUCAGCCGUUCCUAGUCGAGUGGGCUGUUACCAACAACGACAGCGUCAGCUUGUUCUUGCGCAAGGGCGAUCCCAUGAACCUCAGCUCGGUUCUCACCAUCGUGACUCAGCUCCCCAACACCGGUGUUGUUCGCUGGACUCCUCCUAGCCACCUCGCGACCGACACCUCUUACACGAUCCAGAUCCGUGAUGACAAGACUGGAGAGGUCAACUACUCGCCGCAAUUCACCAUUCUUGCCUCUGACGAGACUGCUCCUGCGCCUAGCCCCGCUGCUCCCAUGGAUGAGGCCCCCAUGGAGGAGACUCCUGAGACCUCUGUCCCUGCCCCGGCUCCUUACGAUGCAGGCAACGGCACCUUCCCCACUCCCACCUCUGACAUGGACGAGUCUGAGGCUGAGGCUUCUCCCUCGGCAACUCGCGCGCCCAAGAAGGGAGGCAAGGGCAGCCAUCCUUCGCCGGCCCCCUAUAGCUGGCAGAACAUGACUUCCAAUGGAACCAUUCCAUUGUAUGCCAACAUGACCAACGGCACUGCGACCAACGGCACCCUGCUCGAUACCGCCAGCUCUGCUUCCUCCUACGCUCUGGGCGGAAUGAUGCUGUGCAGCACAUUGGUUGUCGGCUACCUCGCCACGCUGCUCUUCUAAGCUGACUGUUCUGUCGCUCUGUAUUUUAGUCACCCCGUGGCAUCUUUGUCACCUCUGUAUCUGAUACUCUGCCUAUUCUUAUUAUCAAUAUCAGUGUUUUCUGUUAGUCUGUUCAGUUUAUUCUUCAAGUAUAUUAGUACGAAGCGAGAAGGACGUUAGCAGAGUUCCUGUUUUAGGCUUCUGUCGUAGUUGAUACUGUAACAAUAGA